UUCAAAGAUGAGAACUUAAUACUACAACUACUCCCCCCUCUCUGAUUGCGUAUUCUUGGGUGAAUUGCCAAUGGUUGCCGAAUUCUUAAGGCAAAUUUCUAAUCUGAGCGACACCUUGGUGCAUUUCCUGUUUAUGCUGGGACUUCAAAAGAAGAUAUGAUAUAGAAAUGAUGCGCAGAAGUGAAUAGUUUCAUCUAUGCCUGGACUGAUGUGUACUGCUUUGGGCCCAGAAAUCAACCAUUUCAGCCGGGCAUUUGCAAGAAAUUCUUUAUAUAGUCAUCAUGUCAUAAGAAGAUACUUCUCUCUACAUAAGAACCACAAUUGUAGCAGUAAAGCUGCUGUUUCUACCAAGGGAUAUGAGACACAAACCAGAGAUUUAACUUUGAAUACAAACAAUGGUAGUGACAAACCUGCAUCCAGAGUGAAGGUUAUCCUUAUGCAAAAGUCACUUGUUUUGAAAUCGUUGAUGAGCCAUGAAGGACCGGUUGUACAUGAUGCUCUCAGUGGUGCUGUUGUUGAUGUGAGAGCAGAUGAAGUUGUUGGGAAAGAUGAGCCGACCCCAAGAAAGAAAGAGAUUGAAGUGAAAUUACGAGUGGAGCAAUUACUCACAGAUGCAAAAUUGUCAAUUAAGAAUGCUUCAGACUUACAGCCCUACGAAGAUGUUGAAUACGUAGAAGAUCCAGAAAACAAGAAGAAGGUAAAACCAGAAUUAGUUGGAGCACUCAGCCCAAAUGCAUUGGACUGGAGACUACAAAGAAUUGAUCUGUCAAAACUUGGCUCAUACUAUGCGUCUUUAUCAAAAAGCAGACUUACAGGUCUGGUAGUUUUAACAGCAAUGGCUGGUUAUGCUAUGGCUCCAUCCCCUCUGGACCCCAUAACCUUGCUGUAUUGCUCAGUAGGCACUGGUCUUACUUCUAGUGCAGCGAACACAAUAAAUCAGUUCUUCGAAGUUCCCUAUGAUUCUCAGAUGGAUCGUACAAAAAAUAGAAUCCUUGUAAGAGGACUAGUUACCCCUCUACAUGCAGCGUGCUACGGAAUGACGUGUGGGUUACUAGGCGUUUCGUUGUUGUAUUUUGGGGUGAAUGAAUUUGCUGCCGUUUUGGGUGCACUUAAUCUGUUUCUUUACACAAGUGUGUAUACACCCUUGAAGAGAAUGAGUAUUGUGAACACCUGGGUUGGCUCUGUUGUUGGAGCAAUCCCACCCUUAAUUGGAUGGGUUGGCUGUUCUGGUGAACUUGAAGUUGGAGCAUGGAUAAUGGCAGCCAUACUAUAUGGAUGGCAGUUUCCUCAUUUCAAUGCCUUAUCCUGGAAUCUGAGGGCCGAUUAUUCACGUGCAGGUUACCGCAUGAUGUCUGUUACUAAUCCAGGCAUGUGUCGCAGAGUUGCUCUUCGACAUAGCGUGGGAAUGAUUGCCAUAUGCACUGCAGCUCCAAUGCUUAAUGUGACAACUUGGACUUUUGCGAUUGAUUCCUUGCCAUUCAAUGGAUAUCUGACAUAUUUAGCCUGGCGAUUCUAUCAAGAUGGCGACAGUAAAAGCUCUCGAAAGUUGUUCAUGUUCUCCCUCAUUCACCUUCCGGCCUUAAUGAUGCUUAUGAUCAUCAGUAAGAAAAAUUACAGUAAAAAAAAUGAAGUUGAAAAUGUGGAAAAAGAUUCAGACAUAGUUAUUCAUAUACCUGAGGGAACUGUUAGGUGAGUGGAAUUGUCCAUACUGUUAGGUGAGUGGAAUUGUCUAUCCAGAAUGUUAUGGAGCAAUUAGGCGGUAUUUAUUGUACAGUUUGUGAAUUGUACAUCAGGUGUAUGUUUAUACAAUAGUAGUUGAUGAAAGUCCUGGGAUAUGCGGAUGGUACAACUGGUGAACAAAAGUAAUUCUAAGGUUUUCUAUUCUUUCAUAGGUUAUGAAAUUCUACCUCUGCAGUCUCUUGAAAUAUUUUGGAAACUUUUUCUUUUCUAUGCAAAAAUUUAGCCCCAUAUUGCAAGUCUUUAUAUAAGUUUAACAGAUUUGAAGAGAAGCGUACUUGCUGAAUUACAAAAUGAUCUGUUUUGUUUAAUUGUAAGAUAUUGAAUACUGUUGAAAAUUUCUUGUUUACAAUUGUAUUAUCUUAGCCCAAAGUUAAUUCUCCAAGUAAGUUUGAGGUUGUUUAUAUUACUGUAUGAUAACCUCAAAGUCCCCUGCAACAUGCUUUGUUACCAAAUAUGAAAAUAUUUUACAGUUUUUCUUGUAACAUCUCUUUUAUGAGUAUGUACUAUAUUGUAAUGGGAAGUUGUGUGUUUUUUUUUUAAUAGAAUUAUUGUAAUUCUUGAAGUGCAUUUCAUCAAAGAUUCAUAGAUGGGAGACUUCUCAAUAUAUUCUCACCUGAUUGUUAUUUCAAUCUGUUUCCUAAGGGGUUAUAUUUAAGAUGAGUAACUGGUUAUCUGACAUCGAGUAAAGUGGAUAUCUGACAUUGUAAAGAAAAUAAACAUCUUGUCAUGUUAAAAGUACUUCUGCAAACUUGCCAUUUGUAUGUAAAUUUUGGAGAAGAGAAGUAUUUCUAAAUAUAUAACAUUUCAUGAAAGUUUGUAUGCUAAACAUUCCAGACUGCUGUGUUUUUAUGACCAUGCCAAGAUUUUUUAUGAAAUUGAAUGAAAGUCCUUUGAUUACUGCCUACUGUACAUAGAUUCGUUAUUUAUGAGGUUUUACCUACCUUCAUGAGUUUAUGACAUUGUUCAGUUGUUUUAAUAUAGUUGCGUAAACUGUGUAUAAAAUUGUACAUUUAAUAAAAGAAUUGAUUCCAAGUAA